CUAUUCCUUUUGAUCUGAACUAUUCCUUUUUUUUUUUUAAUUAGGGGUUUGAAAAUCGUUCGUUUCAAAAGAAAUUCUUCAUUUGCUUUGCCAACUUUUUAUUUAUUUUCGUUUGAUUAAUACGAAUACAAAUAUACAAUACCCACUCUCCUCUCAUCCAUCGCUCGAUCUUCUCUACCAUUCAAAGAGGUGGUUUUGUUGAGACUUGAAUUGGGUUCUUUUCUUUUUGUUUUCGAAGCUAGUUAAAGUUUUGGGUUUGGAAAAGAAGAAGGAAUGAGGUAUAUUGGAGCACAUGGUAUAGCUGCACUGCACAAGCACAAGUACAGUGGUGUAGACAAUUCGUUGCUAGCCAAAUAUGUCUUGCAACCCUUCUGGAGUCGCUUCGUUUUAAUCUUUCCCCUUUGGAUGCCUCCGAACGUGAUUACUCUAAUAGGAUUCAUGUUCUUACUCACGUCUGCAAUGCUUGGCAUUAUUUAUUCACCUCAGUUGGAUUCACCUCCUCCAAGAUGGGUUCAUUUUGCCCAUGGAUUACUACUUUUCUUAUAUCAGACCUUUGAUGCUGUAGACGGGAAGCAAGCAAGGCGGACAAAUUCAUCAAGUCCAUUGGGGGAACUUUUCGAUCAUGGAUGUGAUGCACUUGCUUGUGCGCUUGAGGCAGUGGCUUUUGGUAGCACUUCCAUGUGUGGAAGAGAUACUUUCUGGUUCUGGGUGAUCUCAGCUGUUCCAUUUUAUGGUGCUACAUGGGAACAUUACUUCACAAAUACCCUUACUCUCCCCAUUAUUAAUGGACCUACAGAGGGUCUCAUGCUGAUAUACGUUGGUCAUUUCUUCACAGCUAUUGUGGGUGCUGAAUGGUGGGCUCAACAAUUUGGCAAGUCUGUACCCUUUUUAAGUUGGGUUCCAUUUAUCAGUGAAAUCCCAACAUCCAGACUUGUGUUGUUCUUCAUGGUAGCCUUUGCUGUUAUACCAACAAUUGCAUUCAACGUGUACAAUGUUUGUAAGGUGGUUCAAGCAAGGAAAGGAAGCUUGCUACUGGCGCUGGCAAUGCUUUAUCCUUUUACUGUCCUUCUAUUUGGAGUCCUUGCUUGGGAUUAUUUGUCUCCAUCUGAUAUUAUAAGGAGCUAUCCACAUUUAGUUGUACUUGGAACUGGACUUGCUUUCGGUUUCCUUGUGGGGAGAUUGGUACUGGCUCAUCUGUGUGACGAACCAAAGGGCUUGAAAACUGGAAUGUGCAUGUCACUAUUGUAUAUCCCUAUCGCCAUUGCAAAUGCGCUCACAGCCAGAUUGAAUGAUGGUGUUCCUUUCUUUGAUGAAAGCUUGGUUCUUGUUGGAUACUUCUUAUUCACACUUGUGCUCUAUUUGCACUUUGCCACAUCAGUAAUUCAUGAAAUCACCACAGCCUUGGGAAUUUGUUGCUUCAGGAUAACGAGGAAAGAAGCUUAAAGUCCGUUGAUGUAUUUUUCAUGCCGGCAACCUUACAUUAUUGAUACAACAAAAGCCAAGGUUUUGGCUAUAAUAUUUCUGUGUAACAACACUGAGGACAGUUGUGUUAUGUGAUAGAUUGUUUACUGUUGCCGAAUAGAAUUAGGCUACUACUUAGGCAUUUUUUACUUUAAUUUAUUUAGUGUAUGGUGUAUUGAUGUUAUAAUUGCCAAUUGAUGAGUUUCUUAUUAUAUAAAAAUGAAGAGAAAAAUCAAGAUAUUUUAGACAAUCUUCAA